CCUUCUAUUUAUUCUCUUUUUUCUCAGUUCCAACAAAAACACAUGUUCACUUCAUUUAUUACAACAGUUGAAAUCAUAACAUUCUGAUUACAAACACAAACAACAACAACGAUGUUUCACUCUCUAGUCUCACUAACAAGUCUUCCUCUUCCCCACUAACAAAUUUUCACCAAAACGAUGUUGGAGAAACUCGACGGUUCCCAAAUAUCGCCGAGCACGUCGUCGUCGAGAAGCCACGGCGAGGCGCCGGAAACCGCCACCAUAAAACUGAGAGUCGAUCUCGUAUCAGCGGCGAAGCGAAACAUCGAGCUCUUGAGAACCGUCAAAGAGUCUCCAUGGCUUCACCACGCGCCCAUUUUAGCUGAAGCAAUACGCAGGUACCGUGAUCUGUGGAUGCCGUUGAUCUCUGAUCUGACGGAGGUGGAGUCUUCUUCAGCUCCAUUGAUGAUUCUUCCUCCUUUUGAUGUUGAAUGGGUUUGGUUUUGUCACACUUUGAACCCUGUGAGUUACAGGGAAUACUGUGAGAGAAGAUUCUCGAAACUGAUUGGAAGAGCUGCUAUAUUUGAUGAAGAGAACAGAGAGUAUGCUUUGAUGCGGUGCAGGGAAAUUUGGAGUAGUAAAUACCCGUUUGAAUCGUUUGAGAAUGAAGCAGGUUCGGAUUCGAAUGAUUCGGAUACUGUUGCUGUUGAGAGUUUGAGUUUGAGUGAUGAAGUUUGUAGGGAAGUUGAGAAGCAGAGAUUGUUGUGUUCCAUGUUUGUUGAACCUUUCAGGUCUGAAUUGGUGUACUUAAUAGCUUCCAGGCAGAGAUACAAGGCUUUCUUGUUCGUGCUGCAAAGAUUCUCUCAUGAAUCUUCUUCGCGUUUGGUUCCUGCUUCAGAUAUUUUGUUAAUGUGGAUUACCCACCAGAGCUAUCCAACAGUGUAUGUGGAAGAUUUGAAGGCACUAGCAUUAGAUGUUGAUUUGCAGAAGGUUGUAACUCUGUCUGAAACCGCGAACGAAAAGGAGGUUGAAGAAAGUAAGAAAUUAUGGGACAGGGCAUUUAAUCAACCUUAUGAGAAAGCUGGUGGAGAGGUGGAUUUGAAAUUGGGAGGUGUUAUCUCAAUCAAUUCACCAGUUUACUGGGAUGAAUCAGAUAUGGAUGUCAAUACAAAAUAUAAGUCCAUGCUUCCUAGAUUUUUACUUGAGGCUUGUGUGUUUGUGAGACUUAAGCCAAGAACAAAGGCAUCACAGAAAGAAGUAAAUCGUGAUUUCCUACGACUCCGAAUGGUAAGGUGUCAUGGCGAGCUAAAGCUAGAUAAAGCCUUCUCCGAUUUUUCCUUUGACUCAUGGAAAAAAGCUUGGCAUCUUUACUGUGAGUUUGGGACUAAGGGAGUGAUGCUUGAGCAUCGUCGUCAGGGCAGUAGUUGUUUAAAAGAAAGUGGCCUGCAAGAUACGGUUUCAUUUCCCUGGAAUGAUUUACUGCGAGCGAAUUCUCUGGCUUUGGAAAAGGAAGUUAGUCGACAGGUGAAUGUUGUUACGUCCAUAACACCGCCGGUUCAAGCACCGUACUUUCUGAAAUGUGUGCCGGAUCUAGUCACAGAUGAUUCUGGGGCAAUGAUAUCUGAUGUGAUUCUGAAGAUGAAUAGCUAUCGUCCGCAAGAAGGAAGAUGGCUGUCUCGCACGGUUCUUGAUCAUGCAGGGAGAGUGUGUUUUGUCAUUAGAAUCAGGGUAGGAGGAGGAUUUUGGAGAAGAGGAGGUGAAAAGCCUUCGGCUGUGAAAUGGGAAGAUAGGAUUAUAGAGAUACGUGAAGGAUCUUGGUCUUAUGUUGCUGGUUCCAUUGGUAGAGCCCCUGAGAAGGUGGUGGCCACUGCAACACCGAAGGAAACUGCAGAACAAUGGAAAGCGGCAUGGUGCUUUUCAACCGGAGAUGAACUGAUUAUAGAGUGGGAGUCGUCACUAUCAGUGUCAGGUCUUAACUUUAGUCUGAGAAAUCAACAAUCUCCAGAGUCAUCGGUAAAGUUAUUCAAUGGAAGGCAAAUGCAGUAUCAAGUCAAGAAAAAAGGGUCGAAGAGCAAAAAUGAAGUAAACGAAGUCGAGUUCGAGGAGAAUGAUGAGACUAAACAAGAUGAAGAGGAGGAGGGUUUUCUAACACUAGUACGUUUCACAGAAGAUGAUCCAGAUGGAAAAGCAACCGCACUUCUAAAUUGGAAGCUACUGGUUGUUGAAGUAUUGCCGGAAGAAGAUGCAGUGCUGAUGCUUCUCCUUUGCAUUUCAAUUCUCAGAAGUGUGUCUGAGAUGAAGAAACAAGACGUGGGAAGCUUGUUGGUGAGGAGAAGAAUAAAGGAGGCGAGGCUCGGAACAAGGGAUUGGGGUUCUGUGAUGCUUCAUCCAUCUUCAUGGUCUUCAUCCAUUGAUUCAACUCAUCUUCAACCUUGGUACUGGAGUGCUGGGCGAGUGAUGGCUUUUGAUGCAGUGGAUCUGCUAAAGAAGCAACCAGCAUUAAGUCAAUCACCAGUGGAAAGUAGUGACAAGUUAUACAAACAUGGGAUUAUAAAUUAAGUGUGCUUGUACACCCAAUCCAUAAAUAGACUUUUGUACACUUUCUGUCUUUCAGUGUAUGGCACACUCGUGCCGACAGAUAUUCAAACACAGUCUUUAUUUUAGCUUGAGUUAAGGUGUUCACAUUUUUGGCUGGAAUUUGAAAUUCUGGGCUCACAAAGGAUGUUGGGAGCACAACAUAAAUUAAAAACAAAAAUACAAAUUGUUUUGAUUGUCAA